AUGGGACUUUAUACCUGGGCCCGAUCCAUCGGUUGGCCCUCGGAAAUGCCGUUGGGGAAUUUUUCAACGUCUGAAGACCUUAUCUUUAUUGAAGCAACUUGCAUAUUCGAAGAUUACAUUUAUGCGCAUCGCUUGACUCCGGUUCGGGUUCAUAUACGGUUGAUUUCUAUUCCGUUCGAAUCCAUACUUCCGGUUAUAUUUUACUGGGUUUUUAUUACUUGCCAUGAGUGUAAUUGCUUCCCUUUCUCUUGCUUUGUAGUUCACCUAACACCUGUCACUUAUCUUUUGACAUGUCCAAGAAAAUUGUACCCUGAGUACGCAUGCCGGAAAAAUGCUACGGCCGCGCGGCAUUUCUGCACACUUCCGCUUUCAACGCCCAAUUCCACCAAUAUGGAGAGUUUAAUAGCACCCCAAAAGAGUAAGUGCGACACAGAACCGAGUCAGUGCAGUAUUCAUUCUGCAGUUUUUCGACAAGGCAAUUUUCAGCGGACAUAA